CCGAUCUCGCCGUCGCUUCUGCAGCGCGGGGAGUCGGAGCAAAGCAGCGGCCGUCGCGGCUGGUCCCGAGAGCAACCCUGACGAGCCGCCGCCGAGGCUUGAGACGGCAGCCCCGGGAGGAAGAGCGAAAGGCAGCCGCCAACCCCAACCCCGCAGCGCUCAACUUUUUUUUUUUUUCCCCUUGCCGCUGCGAAGGAGGGAAAAAGGCUCGCCAGGGCAAAGGCGAGAGCUGCGGCAGGGGUCGCUCGCCACCAUGAGGCGGCUCGGGGCCGUCUGUCUGCGGUGGCCGCCGUUGUUGCUGCUGCCGCUGCUUCUGCGGUGGGAAGCCCCUCUCUACGUGCGAGGUGCAGCUAGCAGCAGCUCUGAAUGUUCCUGUGGCCGCAACCAUUUCACCUGUGCGGUUAGUGCCUUUGGUGAAUGCACUUGCAUCCCUGCUCAAUGGCAAUGUGAUGGCGACAACGACUGUGGGGACCAUAGUGAUGAAGAUGGUUGUAUGCUGCCUACUUGCUCAUCCCUGGAUUUUCACUGUGACAAUGGCAAAUGUAUCCGUCGAUCAUGGGUCUGUGAUGGGGACAAUGAUUGUGAGGAUGAUUCUGAUGAGCAGGACUGCCCUCCCCGGGAAUGUGAGGAAGAUGAAUUCUCCUGUCAGAAUGGAUACUGCAUACGUAGCCUAUGGCACUGCGAUGGCGACAACGACUGUGGAGACAACAGUGAUGAGCAGUGUGAUAUGAGAAAGUGUUCAGACAAAGAGUUUCGCUGCACUGAUGGUAGCUGCAUAGCUGAGCACUGGUUCUGUGAUGGUGAUACUGACUGCAAGGAUGGGUCAGAUGAAGAGAACUGCCCAUCAGAUGUGCCAGCAGCAACAUGUAACCUGGAGGAAUUCCAGUGUGCCUAUGGGCGUUGUAUCCUGGACAUUUACCACUGUGAUGGAGAUGAUGAUUGUGGGGACUGGUCCGAUGAAUCUGACUGCUCUUCUCACCAGCCUUGCCGCUCGGGAGAAUUCAUGUGCAACAGUGGCUUGUGCAUUAAUGCUGGCUGGAGGUGUGAUGGUGAUUUUGAUUGCGAUGACCAGUCGGAUGAGAAAAACUGCACUACCUCUAUGUGCACAGCUGACCAGUUCCGAUGUAAAUCUGGCCGCUGCGUUCGGCUGUCUUGGCGCUGUGAUGGGGAGGGAGACUGCUCUGAUUACAGUGAUGAGGAAGACUGUGAGGACUCGGGAAUCCCACAGUGUUCCCCUGACCAAUUUCUGUGUGGAAAUGGGCGCUGCAUUGGCCAACGGAAGCUAUGUAAUGGUGCCAAUGAUUGUGGAGAUGGCAGUGAUGAGAACCCUGCCCAAAACUGCCGUCCUCGAACUGGAGAGGAAAAUUGUAAUGUCAACAAUGGGGACUGUGCCCAGAAAUGCCAGAUGAUUCGUGGAAUAGUGCAGUGUACCUGCCAUACAGGUUACAGGCUUCUGGAGGAUGGUAGAUCGUGUCAGGAUGUGAAUGAAUGUGCAGAGGAAGGUUAUUGCAGUCAGGGGUGCACCAACAGUGAGGGUGGUUUCCAGUGCUGGUGUGAACAAGGCUAUGAGCUUCGCCCAGACAAGCGCAGCUGUAAAGCCCUGGAUGUGAAUGAAUGUGCAGAGGAAGGUUAUUGCAGUCAGGGGUGCACCAACAGUGAGGGUGGUUUCCAGUGCUGGUGUGAACAAGGCUAUGAACUUCGCCCAGACAAGCGCAGCUGUAAAGCCCUGGAUGUGAAUGAAUGUGCAGAGGAAGGUUAUUGCAGUCAGGGGUGCACCAACAGUGAGGGUGGUUUCCAGUGCUGGUGUGAACAAGGCUAUGAACUUCGCCCAGACAAGCGCAGCUGUAAAGCCCUGGGUGGGCUAGCCAUUGACUGGAUCCAUGACAAGUUGUACUGGACAGACUCUGGGACAUCUCGCAUUGAAGUGGCAAAUUUGGAUGGAAUGCAUCGGAAAGUGCUUCUUUGGAAGAAUCUAGAAAAACCUCGUGCAAUUGCUCUUCACCCUAUGGAAGGUACCAUCUACUGGACAGAUUGGGGAAACACUCCUCGCAUUGAAUACUCUAACAUGGAUGGCUCCAAUCGGCGCAUUAUUGCUGACACUCAUCUCUUUUGGCCAAAUGGGCUAACUAUCGACUAUGCAGGGCAUCGGAUGUACUGGGUAGAUGCCAAGCAUCAUGUUAUUGAGAGGGCUGAUUUGGAUGGAAAGAACAGGAAGGCUGUUAUUAGUCAAGGCCUUCCACAUCCAUUUGCUAUCACUGUAUUUGAAGAUAGCCUGUACUGGACAGAUUGGCAUACCAAGAGUAUAAACAGUGCCAACAAAUUUACUGGAAAAAAUCAAGAGAUCAUCCGUAACAAGCUUCAUUUCCCCAUGGAUAUCCAUACAUUGCAUCCUCAACGCCAACCAGCAGGGAGAAAUCGCUGUGGAACCAACAAUGGUGGCUGUACUCAUCUCUGUUUGCCAAAUAACAAGGGCUAUACCUGCGCAUGUCCCACAGGUUUUCGGAAGACUAGCGGCCAUACUUGUGCCCAGAGUCUUGACAAGUUCCUGCUUUUUGCCCGAAGGAUGGACAUCCGUCGUAUCAGCUUCGACACAGAAGACCUGUCUGAUGUUGUCAUCCCCUUGGCAGAUGUGCGCAGUGCUGUGGCUCUGGACUGGGAUGCACAGGGUGACUAUGUCUACUGGACAGAUGUUAGCACUGAUUCCAUUAGUCGGGCAAAAUGGAAUGGAACAGGCCAGGAGAUUGUGGUGGAGAGCAGUCUUGAAAGCCCAGCUGGUCUUGCUGUUGAUUGGGUCACAAACAAGUUGUACUGGACAGAUGCAGGAACAGACCGGAUAGAGGCAUCUAACAUAGAUGGAACCAUGAGGACUGUUUUAAUAUGGGAAAACCUAGACAGACCAAGAGAUAUUGUGGUGGACCCUGUUGGAAGGUUCAUGUACUGGACUGACUGGGGAGCUAACCCAAAGAUUGAGCGGGCGGGAAUGGAUGCCUCUGAUCGGUUGGUGAUCAUCUCUUCCAACCUGACCUGGCCCAAUGGACUGGCUAUUGACUAUGAGUCUCAGCGCCUCUACUGGGCAGAUGCUGGCAUGAAGACAAUUGAGUAUGCUGGCCUGGAUGGCAGUGAUAGGAAGAUAUUGAUCGGGAGCAAUUUGCCUCACCCAUUUGGACUCACUCUUUACGGCGCUCGGAUUUACUGGACAGACUGGCAGACGAAAAGCAUCCAGAGUGCUGACAAAAGGACAGGGUUGGAUCGUGAGAGUCUACAGGACAACCUAGAAAACCUUAUGGACAUCCAUGUCUUUCAUCGGCAGAGACCUGCAGUGCAUACACCGUGCCACAUUAAUAAUGGUGGAUGCAGUCACCUUUGUCUCUUGGCUCCACUUCCUAAAGGCUACAGCUGUUCUUGCCCUACUGGCAUCAACCUACAAGCAGAUGGCAGAACAUGUUUAUCUGGAAUGAUUACCUUCCUAAUCUUUGCAAGAAGAUCGGAUAUUCGUCUGGUUUCACUUGAUAUUCCAUAUUUUGCUGAUGUAGUUGUCUCAGUCAACGUCACUAUGAAAAACACCAUCGCCAUUGGAGUCGAUCCUGAAGAAGGAAAGGUUUAUUGGUCAGACAGCACACUGAGGAAGAUCAGCAGAGCUUCACUGGAUGGGUCUCAGUAUGAAGAUAUUAUUACUACAGGAUUGCAAACCACAGAUGGAUUAGCUGUGGAUGCUAUUGGCCGCAAAGUGUAUUGGACUGAUACGGGAACAAACAGAAUUGAAGUAGCUAACCUGGAUGGGACAAUGAGAAAAGUUUUGAUAUGGGAAAAUCUGGACAGCCCACGGGCAAUUGCAUUAUAUCAUGAAAUGGGGUAUAUGUAUUGGACAGACUGGGGUGAAAAUGCUAAACUGGAGCGAGCAGGGAUGGAUGGCUCUAACCGCAUGGUGCUUAUUAGCAACAACCUGGGAUGGCCUAAUGGUCUGGCUGUGGAUAAAGCUGGAUCACAACUAUUUUGGGCUGAUGCACAUACUGAGCGUAUUGAGGCUUCAGAUCUGAAUGGUGCAAACCGCCACACCCUGCUCUCCCCAGUGCAGCACCCUUAUGGCCUAACUUUAUUAGAUUCUUACAUCUAUUGGACUGAUUGGCAAACAAGAAGCAUUCACCGAGCUGAUAAGAACACUGGUGCUAAUGUCAUCUUGGUGAGAACAAAUCUUCCAGGAUUAAUGGACAUCCAGGGCAUUGACAGAGGGAGACCACUUGGUACUAACAAAUGUGGCAUGAAAAAUGGAGGUUGCUCCGAUCUCUGUCUUCCAAACCCUGAAGGCUUCUCAUGUGCCUGCCCUACUGGAAUUCAACUGAAGAUUGAUGAAAGAUCUUGCGAUCCUUCUCCUGAAACCUACCUGCUCUUCUCUAGCCGGGGCUCCAUCAGGAGAAUCUCACUAGAUACUAGUGAUCACAUUGAUGUUUAUGUCCCUGUCCCAGAGCUGAACAAUGUUAUCUCCUUGGAUUAUGACAGUGUAGAUGGCAAGGUUUACUACACAGAUGUCAUAUUAGAUGUCAUCAGGCGAGCAGAUUUAGAUGGCAGUAAUAUGGAAACUAUUAUUGGCCAAGGACUAAAAAGAACAGAUGGUUUGUCUGUGGACUGGGUAGCUCGAAAUCUAUAUUGGACAGACACUGGCCGCAACACAAUUGAAGUUGCAAGACUGGAUGGAAGCUGCAGGAAAGUGCUGAUAAAUAACAGUCUGGAUGAACCACGGGCAAUUGCUGUUUUUCCUAGAAAAGGAUACCUCUUCUGGACUGACUGGGGACAUAUUGCUAAAAUUGAACGGGCAAACCUAGAUGGUUCUGAACGAAAGAUAUUGAUCAAUACUGAUUUAGGCUGGCCCAAUGGACUGACUUUGGAUUAUGACAUCAGAAGGAUUUAUUGGGUAGAUGCUCAUCUAGACCGCAUAGAAAGUGCUGAUCUUAAUGGGAAAUUGCGCCAAGUGUUGAUCAGUCAAGUAUCACAUCCCUUUGCCUUGACACAGCAGGAUAGGUGGCUGUAUUGGACAGACUGGCAAACAAAAUCUAUUCAGCGUGUGGACAAAUACUCUGGUCGUAAUAAGGAGACUGUGUUAGCCAAUGUAGAAGGUCUUAUGGAUAUUAUUGUGGUUUCUCCUCAAAGGCAAACAGGCACAAACAUUUGUGGAGUGAAUAAUGGAGGCUGUACCCAUCUCUGCUUUGCCAGGGCUUCUGACUUUGUUUGUGCAUGUCCCGAUGAACCAGAUGGACGGCCUUGUUUUAAUAUUCCUACCAUGGGGCCUCCAAAUCCUGAGACAACUCAUGUAAGCAAAAGGAGCCAGACUUCUACUGACAGAUUUAAAACUCCAACAACCAAGCCCCAUAUUUCUGUGGAAACAAUAGAAAGAAACUGCUCUGACAAGAAAGUUGGUCAAGGUUUGUGCAACCGAGCAAAUGAAGCAAUAUUGGCAACUGCAGGAGAAGGGCUACAUGUCAGUUACAUCACUGGAGGUCUUCUCAGUAUACUGAGUAUUCUGCUGCUGAUUGGUGCUGUGAUUAUAUACAGGCAUAAGAAAUCCAAAUUCACAGAUCCUAAUCUAAGUAAUCUGACCUACAGUAAUCCCUCUUAUCGGACAUCUACCCAAGAAGUGAAGAUUGAAACAAUUCCCAAGCCAGCCAUAUAUAAUCAGCUCUGCUUUAAGAAGGAGACUGGUCCUGAUCAUAGUUACACCAAGGACAAGAUCAAGAUUGUUGAAGGAAUAUGCCUCCUAUCCAAUGAUGAAUCUGAAUGGGAUGAUCUUAAACAGAUAAGAAGCUCUCGGGGAUGUAUUCUCCGCGACCAUGUAUGCAUGAAGACUGACACAGUCUCUAUCCAAGCCAGCUCUGGCUCACUCGGUGACACUGAAACUGAGCAAUUGUUGAAAGAGGAGCAGUCAGAAUGUAGCAGCAUCACUGCAGCCACUACUCCUGAAUGUCAUGGCUCCCUUCCAGACACAGGCUGGAAGCACCAGCGCAAACCCUCAACAGAAAGUGAAGUCUAAAGAAUAUGCAGAGACUUGUCCCUCCUACUGUCAUCCUUCACAUUGAUGAAAUAGGAUCCUGCCUUCUAUUCAACGAAAAAGUUUGGAGUCCAGAGACUUCCUUUGCAGAAGCAUUUGAGCUGGACUGUGCCUUUGAGGCAGAUGGAACACAGCUAAGGGACCCUUUUCACUCACUGCUAGAUCAUGUUUAUUUAUACGUCCUUUCAUCCUAGAAGCUGUGAUGUUGAAUCUAGUAGCAGUUUCUUUUUCAAUUGAAUCUGACACAGAUUUCAUCUGGGUUUGUGCAUAAGCUGGUCAAAGAUACCAAAUCUUCAGUGGCCAGUUUUAUGAACUUAGCCAUAAUUGAUACCUGUCACUUUUUCUCAGAGGGUAUUGGCACUAACUGGAUUUUGCACUGUACUCCUUCUGUUUUAAGAGGAAAGGGUUAGAGCCAAUUGAACUGCCUGAAAUGAGCAAGGGAAUACAACAACAGGUCACUUUCACAGGUUCUGUACAGGGAGAGCAAAUACAUCUGAAACUUAAUUGCAAGGGACAAUAAAAUAUCACCACCGUUUUUACAAACUGGGGAACCAAUGCUGCAUCUAAUAUAGGAUGUGAGGAAUUUAAGAAGGUAAAGUCUUAGUCUGUUGCUGGCAACAGUCAUUGGUCCUGUGAUAUCCAUCAUAAUACCAUUUUUAAAAUAUAGAUAGAACUUACAAAUCUGUUUCCCGGAUAAACUGUUUUUUUCCCCAUUUUCACUGGGCUUCCAUUUAAUUUUGACCUGCAAGGGAAGUUCUGGUGCAACAUUAUUUAAUCAUUCUUAUUACCUGGUUCACAGGGCCAACUGCUGAAAAACUGUGCUGCUGAAAUAUGUGUGGAACACAAAAGCAGUGUAUUAGGUUUAAGUAUCUGGAACAAAUUGGGUGUAGCAAAAAUCCAGUUCCAAUUUUCUGUUGAAAAAUAGGGGUCUUCUUCUAACUUAUUUUUUGCCAGUCUUUUCUCUUUAGAAAUCCUGGAAGGAAUAAUUUAACUGCACCUUUUUUCUCAUAUUUGCUGUAUUAGUUGAGCAGACAAAAUGUGGUGUCAAAAAGUGGGUGCGUGCAAUUGAAAAAUAAUGUAUGUGGACAGGGAAUAAUGCAGUUAAGGUGACAGAUGGCACACUACAAAUAAUUUGCUUAUAUAAAAAAAUCCUUUUUAACUACAUCAAAAAUGAUGCUAUUACUCAUUCUAUGCUAUAACAAAAACUCAAAAGCUGAGAAACUGCCAUUUCACAAUAUGCACUGUGGGUGAUGACUUACACAGCAAAGAAUACUGUUUUGCACAUUGUCCAAACUUUAUUUGACAACACAGAAGUUCUACGGAAGUCCUAUCUAGAACUAUUAACCAUAUGAGGUAUUCUCUGGGAAAAUGUGAUUGUCUCAUUCUAGUUCUGCAGCUGCUCCCCCAUGGUCAGUGAAAGAUGCGUGGACAAUGGUUGUGUCCCUGUGACAUUAGUCUUGAUGAAGAGCACAAAUUUCCUGUGCCCAAACUAGUCAUCCAUCUGCUUUCUUGGUCUGUGUAUUGUUCAAGCAGGAAGGCAGGAAAAAUUCAAAUGGAUUCAUGGACCACUGCAAGUUUAUUUUUUACCUCUGUUCAAAAUCAGCAUGUUGUAACUUUAUUACAUCAUUUCUUCCACUGAAAGAAAUAUAGCUUUCUGUUCUUUUCCAAACAUAUACUGUUAUCAGCAAGUUGACUUAACAAUCUGCACACUCGAGCAUUGGAUAAAUCAUCUAGAAUAAUACUACAUGCAGAAAAAUGUUUCCCUGAUCAUGUUCAAAGGGAUCCUUUCAAUACAGAGCUUGGUCAUAGCAGCUGUAUAAUGGCUGCAAGGAUGGUUGCUGUUGUGUAUGCAUUCAGCUGUUUUAAGUAGUAUAUUCCUUCCAUUUUAUUUUCCAGUUCUAAGCAGCAAGAUCAGAUGUGAGUUUAUGAAGUCCAAUAUUUCUGGGCGGCAUGAAAUUGGGGAAAGUUGUUUAAUUGAACUGUCUUUUCAGUUUCAGGCUCUUAUCUGUUCAGAUUUGAAUGUUUAUUGACCAUUGCUUUAGUGUAUGAUAAAUUAGUGUUUAAACUCUAAAGAUGGAGUUCCAUAGAUGGACAUGCAUUGUCUAUUUUAUGCUAUAUUUCCAUAACUGACUCUUCCUAUGCUGAUACUUAAUAAGUGCCAUAUUCUCUGUACCUUCAUCUCUUUGAAUUCUGAACUUCAUAGGGAGUAGAAGGGGAAACAUAGCCCAACCUAAAACAUUAUUUUCCAUAAGUAUCUAAGACUAUUCUCUUCAGAAAGAGAUCUUACUAAAAGUCAGAUAAGCAAACAUUUACUUAAUUUUUAUAAGCACCUGAACUCUAGACUGCGGGAUUAAGAGGCUACUAGCACUUAAAUAUGGAUUAUUGUGUAGAACAGUUAACAUUGCUUCUAUUUUUGUAUUACAAUCUUUCUGAAAAAGAAAGUUGACUGAUUUAUGUAAUCUCAUCAAAGGUCUCAAUGUAUUGAACUAUACUUUCCAGAUUUAUCACUCUAGAGGUAGACCUUGCUUAAUUACUGCCCGGUUUGGCAACUGUUUGAAGUUACAAUGGCAAAGUCAGAUUUUAGAAAAACAUAACUUUAUGAUCAAUUCUUAUGCUUACAACUGUUUCAGCAUCUAUUGUGAUCACCAUUUGAGCACUUCACAACCAGGCAUUUACAGCCAUCACACCAUCCCAUGGUCACAUGAUCACUAUUUGCAUGCUUCACAAUCAGCUUCCAAUAAGCAGUCAAUGAAGACAUAAAGUCACAAAUUUCAAUUGGUGGUAAUGUCCUCCUAUCGGGAUAAGUCUGUUCCCUUAAUGACCGCAUGGCUUAGCAAUAGAAUUGCUACUCCCAAUUGUGGUUAUUAAGCAAAGACUACCUGUAUCUGCUAUACAUCAGUUCAAUCUAGAUUUGAAAGUCUGUUUGGUGGUAUAAUAGGUAUACAUUGGAAUAUAAUAAGUACACCUUCCUUCUGCAGUUCUUUUUUUGAAAACAAAAUGUAUCAUGGUUAUUUUCUAAUUUCAUAAAGUAAAUCAAGUUAUGAAACUUUUUCUAGGCCAACUGGCAUUCUAGUGAUACACAAAAAAUACAAUCUAAAGAAGAGUGGAUAGGUCAGAAAGAGCUAAAUUUGAUCUCAUUUAAUUGACCUGUGGUUAAUAUUAGUCUCAAACUUUGUAUCUAAUAAUGUAAUUCUGUGACAGAAAUAAUAGUUUCACAUAUUUCUGAUAGCCAGCUAAGAGUCUAUUUUCAGUUUUCAAAUUUUCCCCUUUCUUGCAGAAAUCUUAGCACAGAAAUGUUCUUGAAUUAUCUUACAUAUACUGUACAUUUGAAAUCUUCCAACAGAUUUUCAAUUGUAUUAAAGACUGGGGAUUGUGAAGAUCACGGGUGUCAGACUCGCCGCGUCACGUUGCUGUCACGUGACAUUUUGAGAUGUUUUUCCCAUUCAUGGAGCUAUGGUGGGUGUGGCCUGCAUGUAACACCCCUGGGAAGACCAUUCCAAUAUCUUUUAUAAAGAUGUUGGAAAGUACUAAUUAAAAGGGAAUCCAGACUUUUGCAAUCUGCCAUAUAUCGGUAGAAAUCAUUUAGGACUGCUUCGAAGAGCGACUAUUCAGUUAUGUGAUGAAAAUUUGUGACCAAUGCCUGUAUUUGCAGCAUCUCCUCUCCCACUCUGUCACAUUUGCCAUUACCGUUGUUCAGCAUGGUAGCAUAUUGUUGUUUGCCUGAUCCAUUUUUUUCCUUUUGCGCCCUCAUAGAGCAGAGAUAUAGCUUCUUAGCUCUUCCUGAGCUGCUUUUGUCCCAAGUCUCUAAAUAGUACUAACCACAACUUAACAAGCUCAGCACUGUGACUUUAAUUAGUUGAUUAGAAUCUUCCAGCCAGCUGGUAGCUGCUGCUUGAAAAUGACAAGAUCUUAAUUUCUCGCUAAAGCCUUUUGUUGGGCUCUAAGAGGAUUCUGGCUCUCAGAAGAAGGAAGUCCCAAAGGUGCUUUUUUUUCCCCAAGAGGCAACUGGACUUUCUUGUUUUUCUUUGAAGACAUUUUGCUUCUCAUCCAAGAAACUUCUGCAUCUCUAGUCCAAUUGCCUCUUGAAAAAAGUAGCUCUGAGACAGCCAUGACCUGGAUGAUUGAGAAUCUCCAUAGACAGGAGAAGCAAGGCAAACAACUAGUUAGUGCAUUGCUUUCAAUGUGUGUUCCCCAGUGUGUGCCUGCCUACUCUCUAGUAAUCUCUCCUUUUUCAAUGAAUGGAAAUAUAAUAAUCCAUUCUUCUUGCUAAUUAUUUCAGCUUUGGGGUGAGCAUUCCAAAGGACAGAGGAAUGGGAAGAAAGGGAUACAAAAGUUGCCCUAUUUCCCAACUUCCUUGUGAAUCAAGUUCCGGAAACCACCUCAAGUUUGGCCUCACCCAUUUGGAUAAUAAAUAAUUUAUUAAAUUUAUAUGCUGCCUGACUCCUAAUGAUUCUGGGUGGCUUACAACUGUACAUUUAAAAACGCAGAAGUGGGGGGACCGUCUAUACAAAAUUAGCACAACAGAAGUAAUUCAAUGGCGAAGAGAAUAAACCAAGAAAGGAACAGAAAUUUUAAAAUGGUCAUCAGUCAUCCUCUCCAAAGUCUAAUAUAAAUAGGCAAGUCUUUAAGGCUCUUCGAAACACCACAAGGUGGCAGCUGUUUAAAUCUCAGGGGGAACUUUAUUCCAGAAGCCAGGCGCUGCUGUGGAGGUCACACUUCCAAGGCACCAAUAGAUGUCAUUGUUUAAUUGAUGGGACCCAGAGCACACCAAUCAUGCCAGAUCAAACCAGUGAGGCAGAUACUUUGUUGUGUCCGACCCAUCUUGACCCCAUGGGCAACAUUCCUCCAGGCCUUCCUGUCCUCUACCAUCCUCUGGAGUCCAUUUAAACUCAUGCCUACUGCUUCAGUGACUCCAUCCAGCCACCUCAUUCUCUGCCGUCCCCUUCUUCUUUUGCCCUCAAUCGUUCCCAGCAUUAGGCUCUUCUCCAGUGAGUCCUUCCUUCUCAUUAGGUGGCCAGAGUAUUUCAGUUUCAUCUUCAGGAUCUGGCCUUCUAAAGAGCAGUCAGGGUUGAUCUCCUCUAGGACUGAUUUGUUUGUUCGCCUUGCUGUCCAAGGGACUCGCAGGAGUCAUAUUUUUCUAAAGCAAAGUAAAGCUGAAAUAAAAUCCUAAGCACAGUCACAACUGUGUGAUUUUUCACAUAGUGAUCAUUUCAGUUAGUGGUCUCAAUUGUGGUUGCUUAAAUUAAAUCUUUGCAGAGUUUUCUUACAAAAAAUAAUAAUAAUUCAGACAUACUGAAUUUCAACUCUCAUACUUUCCUAGCAUCAAAUGCAUCUGUAAAACCCUGAGGAAGUAUAUCUAUUCCUUUGCUAUUUGCAGAUACACAUUUAAAAAUAUAGAUGAAAAUUAGGAGGUUCAUGUUAUAUCCCCAUUGUCAGAUAAACUGAUGAAAAAAUAGAUGCUGCACUUUCAAAAGACAAGUUGGCAAGGUGUUUAAGCCAUGUAUUUUCAUACUCCUCUGCAAGGAUUCUCUUGUCCACAUUUGUCUUACUUUUUGGAUCUUGGUUAUGGAUUGAAAUGUGGAAGCAGUGAGAAUAAUUUUAAGCCCACAGGAACUGAUUUUCUGUAAAAUCUCUACUUAGCAAAUACAUUAAUAUUACAAGAGAAAUAAUGAAAGUGAAAGCCAUUAUUAUGUCUAAUUCAGCUUUUUUUAAUCUGAUGUCCUCCAAAGAUGUUGACACUGCAGUUCCCAGAAAUUCCAGCCUGCAUAUCCAAAGCUGGCAGUAAAUUUGGGGAGUUGCAGUAGCUUCAUUUUUCGAUGAUUUUCAUGAUUUCCAGUUGAUUUUUUUCCUCUUCUGAAAACUUUUUCACUGAUAUGUUAUUUGACUUGAGAAAAUACCUCAUUUAUAGCCAUAUUAUCUGCUUUGUCUAUAUAGUUUGGGGAAAAACUUUUUCCAUUGGACAAUAAGAAACAAGUUAUGCUAGCUAGCUAUAUUGUAUUUGUAUACAUAUACAUAUCUAUGUAGGUCUUUGGUUAUUCGGGUUUUCUCCAGCGUAAAAUUGGAAGUGUCUUGGCGACGUUUCGAUGAAGUCUCAUUCGUCAUCUUCAGG